CUUGCUCGCACUCUCAGAGUCUCAAAAGUCUUGUAGCACUCCUGCGUCUUGUAGCACUCCUGCGUCUUGUAGCACUCCUGCUCAUUCAAAUUCACCAUGCAGGCUCAAGGCAGCUCCUCCUCACAGGAUCCUACUACCGUUCUUCGGAAUGCUACCUUCACACAGGCGCAAUCGGGCGCGCCUUCAUCAGACAGUCCCGUCACUGCUUCUGACCUGCUUAUGGGGGACUACGAUCCCGCCAAACUUCACCCCAUGGCAGGCCUGGAGGAUAAAUUGGACUACCUUCUUCUAGAAGACGAUAAGACAAGCGAGCUACCCGGCUCGGUUACCGCUAUGCCUUCCAGAGGCUGGAGUGACGACCUGUGUUAUGGUACCGGUACCAUGUAUCUUAGUGGCCUCGCCCUUGGCGGGAUAUGGGGUUUUCGGGAGGGUGCACGACGGCCCUUAGCUGUGUCCAACGCAAGAUUGCGGAUCAACAGUAUCCUCAAUUCAGUAACUCGCAGAGGCACAUUCAUUGGUAACUCGGCGGGUGUGCUAGCACUCGUCUAUAACGGUAUUAAUUCUACAAUCGAUCACCUCCGCGGCCAACAUGACACGGCGGGUAGUAUGGCUGCGGGCUUCCUGACAGGAGCGCUGUACAAAUCAACAGCCGGCGUGCGACCCGCAAUAGCGGCUGGUGCAUUUGUCUCAGGGUUAGCUGGCUUAUGGGGUUAUGUCAAGCGCAACGUUUAGGGACCGAUAGACCUCCUGUAUUAUACCUUAUUUUACUAUCCUAAUUCUCAGUUCCAGGGAUGAUGGUCGGGGCUAUAGCUUCCACCAACCUGGUUAGCUCGCCUCUCUAGUUCUGGUGGUAAACUCCCGUCAGUCCAAAUUCAACGUCACCACGGCAAAUCAUAUCUUCUAUGCAUGUCACUUCUCCCGUAUAUAUUCUGU